AUGGAGAGUCAACCAAUUAAAGAUGAGAAUCCAGAUUUUUAUGACAGUGAAGUAGUUCGAAAAUUUGAAUUAACGGAGGAUAUAAUAAACAAGGCUCAAGAAAUAAUUAAUUCAGAUAAAGACACGAUUUCAGAAUUUUGGAAAGAAAAGUAUGUUGAAGAAUCUGUUAAGAAUUGGGAUAAGUUCUAUAAAAGAAAUAAUAUCAACUUUUUUUUAGAUAGACAUUGGAUAGACAAGGAGUUUAAGGAGUUAAUUACUGGUAAUAUUAAUGUAUCUAAUAGUGGAAAUCCUAAAGUAUUAAUAGAAUUUGGAUGUGGAGUAGGAAAUUCUUUGAUACCAUUAUUGCAAAUUUCGACAAAUUUGCAUUGUAUUGGAUUUGACUGCUCUUCCAGAGCAAUUUCUUUGUUUGAAGAGAGAUGGAACGAUAUUUUCAACAAACUUGAAGGGGAAGAGAACUCGAAAGUAGGAUGUUUAUCUAAGGAUGAAAAUGGGUUAAAUUUGUGUCCAUUUCAAUCUCUAAUGGAUUCAAAUAAAGCUUGUAAAAGAUUGAAGGGAUUUGUAUUUGAUAUUGUUCAUUCUGAUAUACCCGAAUAUAUUUGUCCUAAAGGUUUUGCAGACUUUGGACUUUUAAUAUUUGUACUAUCUGCGAUACAUCCAAAACAUCACCAGAACGUAAUUACAAGAUGUUCAAAAUCGCUAAAGUCUGGAGCAAUUCUACUUUUCAGAGACUAUGGAAGGUACGAUAUGGCACAACUCAGGUUUGCUAAAUCAAGUAAAUCUAAAAUUACAGACAAUUUUUAUGUAAGAUAUGAUGGAACAUUUGCUUAUUAUUUUACUAUUCAAGAAAUAGAAAGUCUAUUUACAAAUGCGGGAUUUAAAGUCAUAUCAAACCACUAUUGCCUUAGAGAAGUUGUUAACAGGAAAACCCAAGUCACAAUGCAAAGAGUUUGGAUCCAAGCCAAAUUCACCAAAAUUUAA